GGCGCCGGAGCGCGAGGCCGAGGCCGAGGCCGGGCCCGGGCCGGCGGCGCCGCCGCGAUGGCCCAGCAGCAGAUGACCAGCUCGCAGAAGGCGCUGAUGCUCGAGCUCAAGUCGCUGCAGGAGGAGCCGGUGGAGGGCUUCCGGAUCACGCUGGUGGACGAGUCCGACCUCUACAACUGGGAGGUGGCCAUCUUCGGGCCCCCCAACACCCUCUACGAGGGCGGCUACUUCAAGGCACAUAUUAAAUUUCCUAUUGACUACCCAUAUUCACCACCUACCUUCAGAUUCUUGACCAAAAUGUGGCACCCCAACAUUUAUGAGAAUGGAGAUGUAUGCAUUUCAAUUCUUCAUCCACCUGUAGAUGACCCACAGAGUGGAGAACUGCCCUCUGAAAGGUGGAAUCCUACUCAAAAUGUCAGGACCAUCCUCUUAAGUGUAAUCUCAUUGCUUAAUGAACCCAACACCUUCUCCCCAGCCAAUGUGGAUGCUUCGGUUAUGUUCAGGAAAUGGAGGGACAGUAAAGGAAAAGACAAAGAAUAUGCUGAAAUCAUUAGGAAACAGGUUUCGGCCACUAAAGCUGAAGCAGAAAAGGAUGGAGUGAAGGUCCCCACAACCCUGGCGGAAUACUGCAUCAAAACUAAAGUGCCUUCCAAUGACAACAGUUCAGAUUUGCUUUAUGACGACUUGUAUGACGACGACAUUGAUGAUGAAGAUGAGGAGGAGGAAGAUGCCGACUGCUAUGAUGAUGAUGAUUCUGGGAAUGAGGAGUCGUGACGUGUUCGUUCAAGGCCCCUGUACUGCCCUGCCAUCUCAGGCCAACAGGAGGGGAGCAAGUGGGGACCUAGCAGUGGCCCCUCAGCAGAAACAGGGGGUGGGGAAAACCAACACGGCUCCUGCUGACUCCCCUCACGGAUCUCAGUUUGCUCCUUAUAUGGACCUCUCAAUGGAGAGAGAGCAUCCUCCACAGAAUGUCUGAAUUCUCACAUUCUUUACCUUUCCAUCACUGUAUUGAUUUUUUUCUCCUUUAAACUCAAACUUGCUCUUCACUUCAUCUCUACAAAGUGUUCACAGCAAAACACGUUUGGUCUGUUUUUAGAUUCUUGAAGAAUUAAAUAGUCUUUCAUCAAGAUGUUCAAUGUGUGCAAGGCUGGGAACCCCUUAAGAGCUCACAAGUGCUGCAAAUGCUGGUAAAGGGGGGGGAACUCCACAUAAAAACCCCACAAAACAAACUUUAAAAAUUAUUUUUUUGCCAAGGUUUAGCUGCUCAUUAACAUUAGUGUGUGUGCAUUCGUUCAGCUCCAUGGUGGUGAAUUUUGUUUCUUUCCCUUCUUAAGGCUGGGGUAUAGUGGGCUUCAGGGACUUUGUGCUAAGCUUGAUGAAAUGUUCCUAAAGUGACAGAAUACAGCUUCCAGGACUUCAUCCUUACCUGGAGGCCUCAGCUUCUCUGAGAAUAAUCAGAUUUUUUUUUUUUUUUGAAAUCAAUUGGGAUCUAAAGCCUGAAUAAAUAUUCAUACUUUACAUAGAACUGA